UAACCAUUUACCACUUUGCCCAGAGCAUCAAAAUGCUCGAUCUGGCCCAGCAGAAAACUCUGGAUGAAUGGUACCCGUCCACCCCCUUUUCCAAACCCAUCACCACCAAGGUUAAGUCGGUAGCCCAUUCUCCAAGAAUCUUUUGUGAACUGUACAUAGGUGCAGUUACAUGUGAAGUCCGCUAGAUGGCAGCAAAAAGGCCAGAAGUUCUUCAGCCUACUGAGCCUGAAGUAAGAAAAGGAAGUGGACACUCGUAGAAUCAAAACAUGAGUAGGAAACACACAAACAGAAAGCGUGACAAAUGCAGUAUAGCAGCAAACCUGGAUAAGGCCAGCCUGGUGGUCACAGGAUGCUGCAUUGAGAUGUGCCCAGAGAGUGAACGCUGCGAGCGUCAGCGGCAAAAGAGAUUGCAUCGCUUUGAGAUUCUAGUGGGCACUGAAAAACACAAACUCCCUAUCGCUGACCCUAACCGCACCGUGAAAGAGUAUUCAAGACCUGCAGCAGGGAAGGUCCUCUCCUGUGCUGAUGUGCUACGACCUGCUGAUGUCUUAAUGAAGACAGUCCGCUUUCUGAUAGAUGAUAUCGCCUUGUCUGAAAUGGAUGCACCUUGGACAGAGGUAUACGAUUUUGUAUUUGACCGUCUUCGCAGUGUACGGCAGGACAUGACAAUCCAGAGAAUGGGUGGCAAACCAUGUGUGGCUAUCUUGGAGCUUUCCCUGCGCUUUCUCAUAUAUACCUCCUACAAGCUGUGUGAAGAACCGGUCCAACAUUUUGAGCCCCAAAUUAAUGAUACCCAUGUCCAGGAGUGCUUCAACUGGCUUUUAGGAAGUUAUAAGCUUGGCACCCAUCCGAAUGAGCCUGAAUUCCAGUCUCUUGCUCUUCUUUACAAUCUUGGCUCGGCCAAGGCCCUCAGUUAUGCUUUGCAGCUUCCUGAAGGGGUGAGACAUGCUGCUCCCGUUCAGUUGGCAUUUUCCAUAAACCGGGCCUUCCAAGAGAGAAACUUUGUUCGUUUUUUCCGUCUUGUGCGAAAGUUGCCUUAUCUACAAUCCUGUGCCAUUCAUCGCCACCUUGGCUGUUGCCACCGAGAACUUCUGCGUCUCUAUAGCCAAGCCUACAGCAGUAAAAACUGCAGGUAUCCCAUAGAGUUACUUACUGAAAUUUUUGCUCUAGACAGUACACUGGAAGCUACAGAACUUUGCCAACGUCACGGCUUGGUUGUGUGUGGUGACUUUGUUGUUUUUUCAAAAAUGUCCUUCAUAGACCAGGGAGAUGUGACCAGUAGGCACACUUAUAAACUUGUGGACAGCAAGUUGAGAGAACAGACCAUAGCGGAUGUGCUCCAUGGACUUCCUUGGCGUCUAUGUACUGAUAAAAAGGCAGAGUCAUUAGCUAUAACUGAUACUGGAAAAAGAAAUUAAUCUUACUAACCUGUAAUCACAAAUAUAUAUUUUUAUAUUAUGAAAUAAAAAAUGAUAUUUAUUUAUUAUGA